AUAUAAUGGCAUCAUAAAUCUGAACCACAGUUCUCAAAAAUGGUUAAAUUUUGAACUUUUUUAAAACCUUUUUUAGUUUUAAGGUGAAAAUUCAAUCAUUUUAUAAAAUGUUGUGGAACAUGCACACCAAUGAAACUAAAUUCAAAAUUUGAUCGUUCACGUCCCACCAUUAUUGUUGUCCCCUUGAAAAUGCAUCGUCGUUGUAUAAUCUGUGGUCAGGAGCCUAGUGAUCAUUUUGUCUAUCCGCGCAAUCUCACGGAGGCGCGUCGCUGGCAGAGCCUGGUCAACAUGAGUUCUGUUAAUGUGGAGCCAGAAUCGUUAUGUCGCCACGGCUGCGUUUGCUCCUCCCAUUUGGACGUGGUGGAGUCGUCCUCCUCGGAUCUGGAUAAUUCCAAAAAAAGAAGCUGCGGUGGCAUGCCUCCUCGAGGUUCUAGAAGCCGAAGUUCGAUUGACCGACGACCCAACAUUAAAUUUUCCUCUCCUACGGAAAUAUUUCUCCUAGGUGAAAAAAGCUCAGAAAAUCAACAAAUAGAAAACAAAAUAAAUUGUACGUGCGAUAAUGGUGGUCCCUGUAAUAGAGCAAUGACGGCCAAAAACACUCCUCCCAUAUUGCUUCAGCCGAUGGACUCUUCUAGCUCUUCUAAAGGGAGCUCUAAAGGGAACUCUAAAGGGAAACAGGUUCUUCCCAACUCCAAGAAACAGCCGGAUAACGCGGAAGGUGGCCAACGGAAAAACGACGACCAAAAAAUGGCCACCGGGGAAAAGUCUGCUCCAAAAGGUCUACCAUUUAACCGACCCUGUGGCUGUCCAUAUCCCACAAACUCCAGAGCCAUCGAGGAGAUUCAAGCCCAAGCUAGAAGCAUAAUAUGCAAAUGCAAUGGCAUGCAAACUGUUAAUUUGCCCAAAUCGCAAUCUCAGGAUUCCAAACCGUUGUCGGCGAAGUCCUCGUCGAAAGGUAACAGAGCAGAUGGCAAAAGGUCUUCACCGAAGCGCAGCCGGAAGGCAAACGUUAAAUCAAACGAGUCCUAUACUCAAAGGGAACCUGGACAGAACACCUGUACUUGCGCCUGCAGCUGCAAUGAAACGACACCCAGUGAAAACAACCAGAUGCCCUUCAGAGGUCCACAACCUAGAAUGAGAAUUCCCCAAAAUGUUCCCCAUAAUGUUCCUCAAAGUCUUGGCCAACAAAUGCAGACCUUUCACAACUCUCAAAGGCAAAACCAAAUGCAGUUUGCUCCUCCAAAUGGCCAGGAACCACACAGAACCAAAAGCUGUCAGGUGUGCAUAUUCCUUCAGCCCAAAGAUAAAAAUAAUAAUAACAAAGAAAUCCAAGUACCGUGGGGCAUGCGGAAUCCAGAAGUUCCCGGCCAGGCCGAAUGCAGCUGCCAAACACCUACCCCAACUUGCAUGUGUGGGUUAUGUGGACAAGCUCCUUCCACCUCAUUAGGUUUUGGGUCCAGUUUUGGGCAGACAAGGGGUUUUCCCGGUUACGCAGCCACUAGGCCGCAAAAGACAAACGCCAUCAAUGUUCUUCUAAUGCCUGGCUCCCGGAAUGACUUCGACUCGUGCUGCUGUCCAAAUACGUUUCUUCCGUCAGCUCCGGCUCCCGAGAUCCUCGUACAGGAGUCGGACUUGACGGAUUGCGACGAACGGGCUGACUUUCCCCCGGUAGACUUGCCCAGCUACCGAGUGUGCCGUGCGGCAACAUCGGAUCCAAAAGAAAAUGCAAAUGAGAAUAAUGAGAAGGAAGAUAGCGCAAAUGUUUUGGUACUGGAGGAUAAUGAAUUGGAAGCUUGCCAACCAGAGAAUACCAACUUGUGCGGGUGUCCACCGGAACCGGAAUCGUUUAGUUAUCAGUUUGGAGGAGGGCAGAAACAGCCAUCCAUGUGGUGCAAAGACGCGCAAAAAGGAAUUCCUGAAUUGGGUAAAAACUGGAACGACGCCGAUGCAGCAUCGAACUACACUAAGGUACUGGAACAGCAGAGAGUACGCAUCAAUGAGCUGGAAACUCUACUGCAGCAGCACAAUGCGUUGCAGCAGACCAUCCAGGCAAAGGUGGCCGAAUUGCAAUGCAACGAUAAUGCACCUUUCAAGGGGUGACAAUUUACAAUAGAUUCCAUUAAAUAAAGUCCAUAACCA